UUCAGUGGAACUAAUGUUCAUGGAGCUGGGGGAAGGGGUUCUGUGUGACUACCCGACCCUAUUUAAGACCAGUCUGACAUUUUCAACAUAGGUGUUGUGAAACUGGUACAGGCUGUAGUUUUAGAACUAUUAGGAUUGUUUGGAAGAAAUUUCAUAUAAAGUUGGUGAGAUGCUCAUUGCUGAUUACUAGGAAACUAAUGAUGCAAAACAGAAAUUCAGCUCCCUGCCCAUCUGCCACUAAACCAAGACCUUGGACGUGCUAUCCCUCAGUACAAAAGACUGAAGCUACUUGAGUGGUUCUAGCUCAGCUGCUGCUGUAGACUCUCAGCAUGGGGAACCAACUGAGCAAGAAGAAGGGGUUUUGUGUGACUUGUGGGAAAGCAAUGGACCAGAAGGCUAAGGAGGGAGCAUGGACCUUUCGCGAUGUUUCAACUUGGACUGGUGAGAGCCAUUCUCCCAUAGAGAAUGCCCAAGAGACUCUACACAACACUGGGGAGAUCCAGCCUGCUGCAGAGACUGGGCAAGACACUGGUAAGGGUGAUCCUCUUACACAGAUGAUGCUGGACAGAGAAUCUGCUGCACAGACAACAGAAGAGAACUUAGGAGACCAGCCUUCUCUGUGGAGUAUGCAAGAGACUGAGGCCCAGAUGAUGAGACGAACCCCACAGGCACUGCAAGACAUGGGCGAGGCCCAUCCUGAUGCUAAGAUGCCACAAGAGACUGAGGCCAAGCCUAGUUCCCAGAUAACGUGGGCCAAAGAGCUCGAGGCACAAACUAUGCAUGAACAAGAAGCCCAACCUGCAGGAGAGCGCACAGAAGACACUGCUGGGGUUCAACCUGCUGCCCAUCCAGCAUAUGGGACUCGGGUUGGGGCGCAGAUCACACAAGAGAUUUGUAAAGCUCUGCCUGCUACCGUACAGACAAUGCAAGAGAUUCUAGAGAGCCUCGCUGAAACCCAGCUUGCUCUGCAUCAUGUGCAAGAGGCUGAGACUCGGACGACUGAACAGAACCAAGAGGCCCGACCUGCUGCAGAGCCCAUUAGUGUGGCUGGGGCUCUUCCUGCUCUCCAGGCUUAUUGGGAGACUGAGGCCCUGGCUCUUGUAGAUAUUCCACAUGAUGGAGAUUGUGCUGCCCAUGCUGAGGCUAUGAGAGAUUGCUGAUCCCCUACCUGCUGCAGAAGUGACUGAGGAGGCUGAGCCUGCUUUUCAGACUGUACAAGAGAUGACUGCUCAGAUCGCAGGAGGGAUGCAGGCUGCACAAAGCAAAAUUGAAGCCCAGCCUGCAGCAGAGACUGAGAGACAGUGGAUUGCCCCGCCACUUGAGGUGCUGCACCACGUAUUCCUAAAACCCAGCCCACUCUGCAGAUGGUACGAGGAAUUGUGGCCCAUCACGCUGGAGUGACAGACAUUGGGCUUUUGCUCAAUCAGUUUACUACACAGACCACAGAGGAGACUGAUGCUUAUCUUCCUACACAGGCUGUGCAAGAGACUCAACACCCCUCUGCUCCAGCUGAGCCUGCUCUGAAGAUCUGUCAAGAGUUUGAGGCCCAGAUGACUGUACUGGUGACUCAAGGCACAGGGGAGGCCCAUUACAGAGACCCCAGCAGAGAAUACUAGAGAAACUGUGGGGAAAGUCUGAUGCAGCAGCAAUUGAUCAAGAGAUGAAGAUGUAGCUCAUGACACAGACCAGUGGCUUUUCUAACCUGAUGAUGCAACAAGCCACCACUCAAAGGACUGGUGAGUGCCCCGCUGUUGUACAUGCCAUGGAAGAGAUGGGGGAAGCUGACUCUGUUUUGCAGGCUGUGCAGGGAACUGAGGCUGCACAAGAAACUAGUAUGCAGCAUUUUACACAUACUGAACAUGAGAUCAAGACCUGGCCAACAGCGUGAGCUACAGAAGAGAUGGAAGCUCAACUAUCUCUAGUUAUCUCUUGAGGACCAUGUUGCCACCCAGGAAUCUGAGGCUCCACCUGUAGUGUGGACCCUGCAAGAGACACCCCCCCCCAGGCCAUUACAGGGUGCACAUUGCAUCAGCUGACUGUCCAAGACACUGAUGUCCUCUCUGCAGUACCCAGGCCCUUCUGAAAGGAUACAAUGGAGGUUGUGGCUCUCUCUCCCUAGUGAAGAGACCCAGCCUACUUUACAGGCUGCCCAGGAAACAGAAACCCUAUGUGUUGCAGAGACCCUAGAAUUGAAGGCAAAGCAGGCUCAGCAGUGUCACCCAGAUUUCCAGCCCCCUAGUGCCCUAGGUGGCAAUGAGGCAGGAGAGCAAGACUUGGCAAUUCCUCAGGCAGCUGAAAGGGAGGCUAAUGCAGUAGCAAAGCCAGAGUCGCAGCAGCUAAUGGAGCAACUGGCAUCUGAACAACAGGAGGUGCUCACGCUGGCUCCUGCAGCCACUGGUAGUGAGGCCUCUGCCAGGCUGUGGAGCGUCCAUGAAAAUUCCCUGCCUCUAAAAGCCCCAGUGCAUGAAGCAGCUGGGAGAAGAAGACCAGGGGAGGCUUAGACUCCUUCAACCCCUGAAACUUAAGGUAAAAUGGCCCAAGUUUUAGACUCCAGACUGAAGUGUGAAGUACCAUCUCCAUCCAGGGACAUGGCUGACUCUCUUCCUUUGGCUGUGGAGCACGUAGCUCCAGCAGAGGUACUCACUUUGUCUGAUGUUCUAGUAAGUGGCUCUAAUGCAAAUAUAGCAGAGCCAGCGUGAAAUGGACAGACUGGGCUCUGCCACUCAAAAAGCAGCAUUUCCCUCAGUUGACCAGAUUCCUGAUCUUCCAUUGCAUUUGUGCUCAUGGCUAUUCCGUGAAGUAGGGAUGUAAUGCAGAGAGAAUAUCGGCCAAGUUUGGGAAAUGCCUUCUACACUCAGAGUCCUGUUAACUAUGGGCUUGGCUGAAUGUGCAUCUUUCUGCAUCUGAAAUUGCUGCAAAUGUAUCUACAAUAUAAAACACCCAUAUUUAUAACAUCUUUCUAGGGGUUUUUAGACUUGCUGGGAACUAUUUUAAUGCUAUUGAUUACUUUUCUACACAACUCACUGACCAUUAAGCCCUUCAUAUCGCUGACCUAACCUGCAAUUUUAUUUCCUUCAUCUUACUGAGUAACCUCAGCCUCAUCUGCCAAACCAGACUAGAUGCAGGAAAGUUCUGUAACUUCUUAAAUUUGUACAAGUGUCCUCACUCAACUGGAGUACAAUAAUAGUGAAUGAUAUUUGUGUGGGUAUUGGUAGGAAUGAAAAUGUGUGUUGCUGCCUGAAUUGAUCAACUGAUCACUCUCAAUAAAUGAUGUUUUCCAUUCUUAA